CCCACGGCCCACAGCCACCUCGCGGGUCUUUCCGGGCCGGGGCAGCGCCCGCACGGUCACGUGGCCUGGCGGGCACGCGGCGGCGGCGGCGGCGGCGGCGGCGGCGGCAGCGGCGCGGGUGCGUGCGACGAGGAGGCUCCGCGCCAGCUUUUUUCCCUGUGUUGACCAAUUCCAUUUUCUUCGCUGCUGGCUGCGAAGACCACACCCUUCGUAAGGCAGGCCCGAGGUUGCACUUAAUAAGCAGGAAUCUACUGCACUAAAGACACCCAGUUUUUCCUUAUGAUAAAGACAGUGUUUGGCUAAUGAGCAAGGUGGUGAGGUCAUCCAGUGAGUCAGAGGGACAGAUCUGGGAAACAGAAGAGGAUGAUGACAUGACAGAAGGUGAUUUAGGGUAUGGCCUCGGAAGAAGAUCUGGCGGUGUUUAUGAAGUUUCACAUUUAUUUACAUCCAGAAAAAGAUCAGAUGGAAAGAACUUUAGCCCUCCCCCAUUUCCAAGAAAGGGGAAAGAAAGAAGUGAAGCCGUUUUUCAGUAUUCCGAGCAUAAGAGCUUGCAAGAUACAUACCUUCAAGGGUCCAGAAUUGCCAGUUACAGACGAAAAAGUAGUACAGAUUCUAAUACAGAAUUGUCAAAUGAAGAAUUAAGGCAACGUCUUCAUGAAACUUUAGAGGAGGUAGAAAUUUUAAAAACUGAUCUUGAGGCAUCUCAAAGACAACUUGAAAGUAAAGAGGAAGCAUUGAAAAUUCUUCAAAGCAUGACUAUGGUGAAUAAUACUGCCAUGAACAUUUUCUUUGUAUGGAAAAUUCAUUCAUUCUUUCCCAUAUUCAGUGGAAAAGAGCCAAAUCGUGAUCUGAUUUUUGAACUAUCAAACUCUCCACAAAAGGCAAUACUUGGCAAAGCUACAAGUCAUACCCAGGCAGUGCUUCAAAAAACUGUGCAACAAAAGAGAUCCUUGGAGAAGGAAAUAAAUGCCUUGCAGUGGGAAAUAGAAUUUGAUCAGAAUAGAUUUAAAAAUAUGGAGGAAUCCUGGACCCAAAAAUAUGACAGUUUUGAAUCAACAGUAUUUGGAGACACUCGCGAUGCUCGAUAUCAAACAGCAGAGGGUGGCUCAAGAAAACAUGCUCCAUGAUAAAAGUGGCUUUACAGAAAUUUCAGGUCUCGAGCUUGCAGUCCUUGGAGCCUGCCUUUGUCACAGUCCUGGAGGCAGACCCUGUUCUUGUGCCAGAAUGGCAGCAUCCACUCGGAAACUGCU